AUGAGAAUAACAGCCGCGCAACUGGCAUCUUGCUUGCUGGUCCUCACAUUGAGCAUCUCAAGUUCGAAUGCUUGGCAAUCAUCGACGACUCCCAAUAAUAGUAAUUUCAGACGAUCGAUUCACUUAUUUUUCACGUCAUCCUCAAAUAGAUACGCCCAGCCUCGCGCAACGCGGCUACAGCAAACCCCGAAGCAACAAGAGGAUCAGAAAUGGUCCGAACGAUAUGAGCAUGAGACUCAUUAUGACAAAACAGGAGGAGCUUGUUCCUCUCUGAUGAAGAAUUCUCGACGUCACUUUGUGAAUUCGGCCAUGGCCACUUUUUCCACAAUGGUGGUGGCAGGAGCAACAGCAUCACCUGCCUUUGCAGAUGGUGCACCAGCACCGGCUCCUGCAGCCCCCAAACCGCCAGCACCGGCUGCUCCUGCGCCAGCUGCUCCUGCUGCACCCAAACCACCUGCACCGGCUCCAGCUGCACCAGCUGCAGCUGCCGCCCCCAAACCACCGGCUCCUGCACCGGCUCCAGCACCGGCUCCAGCGGCAGCUGCUGCACCCAAACCACCACCACCACCACCACCGGCUGCUCCAAAACCAGUUCCCAAACCGAGCAUGUUUGCUGGAAGUUACACCGAUCCCAACCAUCCGGGUGGUAAGGUGGCCAUCAAACCGACCGGUCAAUCCGUCGGCGACUAUUGUUUGGCCGAAGUCGUGGGCGGUGGUGGCCAAAACGAACCUGCCUCGUAUACCUUGCCCGCCGUCAUCAUGGGAGAACGGACCAUAUUCAUUGAUUUCACUAGCAAAGGUGGUCCUCGCAACUUCGUGGGCUUUCUCAACAAGGACGGAGACGUCGAUUUUCUCAAGGAUGGGAAUCGAUGGUCUCGGGUGCCAAAGUAA